UCCGAUUUAAUCACCGAGUAGUUGGCAUCGGCUAUGCUAGUGUAUCGGUCUACUGAGUGCUUAAGCGUUACUUGUGGAGUAUUCGAGUUUAUUUCGCUGUCAGAUGCAUUUCCUGGCCUACGUGAUUAUAACAAUUCAGCUGUUCGGUGGACUGCAGUGCCAGAAGUUGCCUGCCAAGGUGAAAAAAUGCCACUUCGGUGACGGAAAGUGCCUGGUAGAGUCGGCAAAUGCACUGCUGAGAGAUUUUCCAAAGGGCAUUCCCGAGGUCGAUCUGAAACCCUUCAAUGUGCUGUCCGUGCGGGAUUGGCUGCUGGUCAACGAUUCCCAGGUGGGAGGUGCCUGGUACUACUUCAAUCUGAUCAAUCAGAUCAACUAUGGCUUCGAGAACACCACGAUCACGGAGAUCAGGGGAUUCGACAAGGAUCCCACCACCACCAAGAUCGAAAUUCACGGCAAGAUUCCCCGGCUGGUUUACAAGGGCGACUAUGUGGCCAAGGGACGGAUGCUCUGGUUCGUCGAUAUCCACUCUCAGGGAACGUCGGAGUCGGAUUUCCUCAAUUUUCAAUUCGUUCUUACGCUGAAAGUGCGCGUCGAGUACAGAAACAACAAGAGAUAUUUAAAGAUCUACGAGCUAGUUCCUAAUAUAAGGCUGGACCGCUGGAUUAUGUGGCUAGACAACUUCUUUCCCGACAAUGAAGACCUAACGAUUGCAGUUAACAAUCUGUUCAACCGGAAUUGGGUGGAGUUCUGGAACGAACUGGAGCCGGGUAUUCUGCGUUUGUUCGAAACCGUCUUUUUAAGUCUAUUUGAGGAUUUAUUCGAAAAAGUACCCUAUGAUGAUCUGUUCCUAGCCGCUGAAGACCCAAAGUAAUCUUAAGUUUCAGUACUGAUGACUUAAACGUAUUUGCUAGUAAAAAUAAAGUAGGAUAUUCGUAAAUGUUGUGCUAAGAGUACCUUAUUAUACUCCGUAUGUGAUCAGUUUGAGGGGACAAAUGUAUUGUAUAUGAUAUGAAAACUGGUUCUCGAUUUAUGCGCAUUCCUGCCAGGUUUGUUGGCCUUUGAAAACUGCAAUUGUAAUAUAAGAGUCAUACUUGUUAUAAAUUGUUAGUUUAUUAGCCAAUUGAAUGAGUGGCAAUACAAGUUUAGAAAUUGUGCAAUUGUUCUUGGAUCUGAUUCCUCCACUAAUUUUCAUUCUCAACUGCAAAGCGAUGAGAAGGUAUUUAAUAAAAAUCAUAAC